AAUGUCGUUUGUCCUGAUGGUCAUUCAGAGUGUCCAGGUGACACCACAUGCUGCCAACUGUCUUCAGGUCAGUGGGGUUGUUGUCCACUUCCCCAAGCUGUUUGCUGUAGUGAUGGAGAGCAUUGCUGCCCAAACGGAUAUACCUGUGAUGUUGCAGAAGGAACGUGUACAAAAGGCGACAAGACUGCAAUACCAAUGUCGAAGAAGAUCCCAGCAUUGAAGAGAAUAAUCAAAGCGAAUAGUGUUGUUUGUCCUGAUAGUCGAUCAGAAUGCCCAGAUGGCAUGACCUGUUGCGAAUUGCCUUCAGGCCAGUGGGGUUGUUGCCCUCUUCCAAAAGCUGUUUGCUGUAGUGAUGGAGUGCAUUGCUGUCCAAACGGGUAUACCUGUGAUGUUGCAGAAGGAACGUGUUCUAAAGGAGACAAGACUGUAAUACAAAUGUCAAAGAAGAUCCAAGCACUUAAGAGAAUAAUGAGAGCGAAUAAUGUUGUUUGUCCUGAUGGUCAAUCAGAGUGUCCAGAUGGCAACACAUGUUGCAAACUGUCUUCAGGCCAGUGGGGUUGUUGUCCUCUACCAAAAGCUGUUUGCUGUAGCGAUGGAGAGCAUUGUUGUCCAAACGGAUAUACCUGUGAUGUUGCAGAAGGAACGUGUACUCAAGGAGACAAGACCGUAAUACAAAUGUCAAAAAAGAUCCCAGCAUUUAAGAGAAUAACCAAAGCGAAUAAUGUUGUUUGUCCUGAUGGUCAAUCAGAGUGUCCAGAUGGCAGCACAUGUUGCAAACUGUCUUCAGGUCAGUGGGGUUGUUGUCCACUUCCCCAAGCUGUUUGCUGUAGUGAUGGAGUGCAUUGCUGUCCAAACGGAUAUACCUGUGAUGUUGAACAAGGAACGUGCACCAAAGGAGACACAACUUUUAUACCAGUUUCAAUAAAGGUCCAAGCAUUGAAAAGAAUAAUAAAAUCGAAUGGUGUCGUUUGUCCCGAUGGUGAAUCACAGUGCCCAGAUGGCAACACAUGUUGCAAACUGUCUUCAGGCCAGUGGGGUUGUUGUCCUUUGCCAAGAGCUGUUUGUUGUAGUGAUGGAGUGCAUUGCUGUCCAAACGGGUAUACCUGUGAUGUUGCAGAAGGAACGUGUUCUAAAGGAGACAAGACUGUAAUACAAAUGUCAAAGAAGAUCCAAGCAUUUAAGAGAAUAACCAAAGCGAAUAAUGUUAUUUGUCCUGAUGGUCAAUCAGAGUGUCCAGAUGGCAGCACAUGUUGCAAACUGUCUUCAGGCCAGUGGGGUUGUUGUCCUCUACCAAAAGCUGUUUGCUGUAGCGAUGGAGAGCAUUGUUGUCCAAACGGAUAUACCUGUGAUGUUGCAGAAGGAACGUGUACUCAAGGAGACAAGACCGUAAUACAAAUGUCAAAAAAGAUCCCAGCAUUUAAGAGAAUAACCAAAGCGAAUAAUGUUGUUUGUCCUGAUGGUCAAUCAGAGUGUCCAGAUGGCAACACAUGUUGCAAACUGUCUUCAGGCCAGUGGGGUUGUUGUCCUCUACCAAAAGCUGUUUGCUGUAGCGAUGGAGAGCAUUGCUGUCCAAACGGAUAUACCUGUGAUGUUGCAGAAGGAACGUGUACUCAAGGAGACAAGACCGUAAUACAAAUGUCAAAAAAGAUCCCAGCAUUUAAGAGAAUAACCAAAGCGAAUAAUGUUGUUUGUCCUGAUGGUCAAUCAGAGUGUCCAGAUGGCAACACAUGUUGCAAACUGUCUUCAGGACAGUGGGGUUGUUGUCCUCUACCAAAAGCUGUUUGCUGUAGCGAUGGAGAGCAUUGUUGUCCAAACGGAUAUACCUGUGAUGUUGCAGAAGGAACGUGUACUCAAGGAGACAAGACCGUAAUACAAAUGUCAAAAAGAUCCCAGCAUUGAAGAGAAUAAUCAAAGCGAAUAAUGUUGUUUGUCCUGAUGGUAAAUCAGAGUGUCCAAAUGGCAGCACAUGUUGCAAACUAUUCUCGGGCCAGUGGGGUUGUUGUCCUCUACCAAAAGCUGUUUGCUGUAGUGAUGGAGUGCAUUGCUGUCCAAACGGAUAUACCUGUGAUGUUGAACAAGGAACGUGCACCAAAGGAGACACAACUUUUAUACCAGUUUCAAUAAAGGUCCAAGCAUUGAAAAGAAUAAUAAAAUCGAAUAGUGUCGUUUGUCCCGGUGGUGAAGCACAGUGCCCAGAUGACAACACAUGUUGCAAACUGUCUUCAGGCCAGUGGGGUUGUUGUCCUUUGCCAAGAGCUGUUUGUUGUAGUGAUGGAGUGCAUUGCUGUCCAAACGGGUAUACCUGUGAUGUUGCAGAAGGAACGUGUUCUAAAGGAGACAAGACUGUAAUACAAAUGUCAAAGAAGAUCCAAGCAUUUAAGAGAAUAACCAAAGCGAAUAAUGUUGUUUGUCCUGAUGGUCAAUCAGAGUGUCCAGAUGGCAGCACAUGUUGCAAACUGUCUUCAGGCCAGUGGGGUUGUUGUCCUCUACCAAAAGCUGUUUGCUGUAGCGAUGGAGAGCAUUGUUGUCCAAACGGAUAUACCUGUGAUGUUGCAGAAGGAACGUGUACUCAAGGAGACAAGACCGUAAUACAAAUGUCAAAAAAGAUCCCAGCAUUUAAGAGAAUAACCAAAGCGAAUAAUGUUGUUUGUCCUGAUGGUCAAUCAGAGUGUCCAGAUGGCAGCACAUGUUGCAAACUGUCUUCAGGUCAGUGGGGUUGUUGUCCACUUCCCCAAGCUGUUUGCUGUAGUGAUGGAGUGCAUUGCUGUCCAAACGGAUAUACCUGUGAUGUUGAACAAGGUACGUGCACCAAAGGAGACACAACUUUUAUACCAGUUUCAAUAAAGGUCCAAGCAUUGAAAAGAAUAAUAAAAUCGAAUAGUGUCGUUUGUCCCGAUGGUGAAUCACAGUGCCCAGAUGGCAACACUUGUUGCAAACUGUCUUCAGGCCAGUGGGGUUGUUGUCCUUUGCCAAGAGCUGUUUGUUGUAGUGAUGGAGUGCAUUGCUGUCCAAACGGGUAUACCUGUGAUGUUGCAGAAGGAACGUGUACUAAAGGAGACAAGACUGUAAUACAAAUGUCAAAAAAGAUCCCAGCAUUUAAGAGAAUAACCAAAGCGAAUAAUGUUGUUUGUCCUGAUGGUCAAUCAGAGUGUCCAGAUGGCAACACAUGUUGCAAACUGUCUUCAGGCCAGUGGGGUUGUUGUCCUCUACCAAAAGCUGUUUGCUGUAGCGAUGGAGAGCAUUGCUGCCCAAACGGAUAUACCUGUGAUGUUGAAGCUGGAACUUGUAAUAAAGGAAGCAAGACGAGAAUAGGAAUGUUAACGAAGAUUCCAGUAAUUAAGAAAAUAACAAUAGUGGAUACUGUUAUGUGCCCUGAUGAUGAAUCACAGUGCCCAGAUGACAACACAUGUUGUAAACUAUCUUCAGGCCAGUGGGGUUGUUGUCCUUUACCAAAAGCUGUAUGCUGUAGCGAUGGUGAGCAUUGCUGUCCAAACGGGUACACCUGUGAUGUUGCAUUAGGAACUUGCACCAAAGGAGACAAAGAUGUCACUGGCCACCUAGUAGUUCAACCUUCAAAGAGAGUCAGUUAUGACGUGAAAACUGUGUUUUGUAAUGAUGGUGAGACUGAGUGU